UUACACUGCCAGUGUCCCACCCAUUGCAUUAACAAAAAAUAAAAUUAAAGUAUAACCCAUCACUUUCACUUCCACUUUCUUUCUUCAUUUUCUCACUCAUCAUUUCAUUCAUUUUCCCUCACUUUUCUUUCUUCUUCAUUUUCCUUCACACUGAGGAAAUGUUACUUACAACAUUCUUCUUUCUCUUUACACUCUCAUCAACAACCGUCACCGCUCACUACUCUUCUUCCUCUUCUGAACCACCACCUUCUCAACAAUCUUCCCCUUCUUUCACCGAAUGGCGAUCCGCACGCGCCACCUUCUACGCCCAGGUAGAUCCACGUGACACAGUCGGCGGCGCGUGUGGCUACGGAGACUUAACAAAAGCCGGUUACGGCAUGUCAACUGUUGGUCUUAGUGAAGCUUUGUUUGAACGAGGUCAGAUCUGUGGCGCGUGCUUUGAAUUACGGUGUGUGGAUGAUUUACGGUGGUGUAUUCCUGGAACUUCAAUUAUUGUUACUGCUACGAAUUUCUGUGCGCCGAAUUAUGGGUUUACGGUUGAAGGUGGUGGACAUUGUAAUCCUCCUAAUAAGCAUUUUGUUCUUCCUAUUGAUGCUUUUGAGAAGAUCGCUAUUUGGAAAGCUGGUAACAUGCCUCUUCAGUAUCGUAGGAUAAAGUGCAGAAGGGAAGGUGGAGUCCGAUUUACAGUCACCGGAUCUGGUAUCUUCAUUUCAGUGCUGAUCAGCAAUGUUGCUGGCCAUGGAGACAUUGUUGCGGUGAAGGUUAAGGGCUCAAGAACAGGUUGGCUUUCAAUGGGUCGGAAUUGGGGCCAAAACUGGCAUAUAAAUGCGUUGCUACAGAAUCAACCCCUUUCAUUUGAGGUUACGAGUAGUGAUGGGAAAACAGUCACGGCUUACAAUGUUGCGCCCAAAGAUUGGAGUUUUGGACAAACCUUUGAAGGCAAGCAAUUUGAUUAUUAAAAAGCCAAACGAAGAAAACCUAUUUCAAGGGACCAGUCUCUUUCCCUUUCCCAUUUCCAAUUUUUUUACCCCAAUAUUAUAGGUCUACUUACCGGUGGUGUUCUUUUACAUUUUUAUUAUUUUAGUUUUUUAGAAGACUUGUAGAGUAGAUAGUAAUUGAUUUGGUGGUUUGUAAGAUUGUCAAUGUGAUGGUGUAACUUUCCAUCUUUUAUCUUAGGAGUUUAUUGUAUGAAGAUAUAACCUUGUUGGUCAACAACAAAAGAGGAAUUAACACGUUGUACAUGCUUGAGGCUUUUAUUAGAACGUAUGAUCCUACUAACUUUA